CAUGCAUUUCACGAAUUUCACAGAGCAACAAGUUUUGUCUCUGUUGCUGCUGCUGUUGUUGUUCUGGUUUUAUUUACGAUUGGUAGUAAGCGUUUAGCAGCUAUUUCGCCCAGCUGCUGCGCUAUUCUUUUGGCUUGUCUUGUAGCUUUUGUGGUUUCGUCUUCUACUUUUAGUUCAGUUUCCUCUUUCAUUGGCUUAACAACACACACUUUGCUGUGCAAUUUGACCGGCUGUCCAGCACUUUGACUUGGUGUCCAAAACAAGAAGUAGAAGAAGAAGAAUAGAGAAUAAAAAAGGCCCAGACAAAACCAAAAUAAAAUGCUGCCCCUCCGAGAUGACGUUCUGGAUAGAAUGGGUAAAAUGAUUGGCUAUACCCAGGUGUAUCUUUUUACGAUCCUACUAAUGUACAUCUGUUAUACAUUCCGAAUGUCAGCCUGCGCACUGCCCAGCGAUGCCCAGUCUAAUGUCUGUCUGGGGACUGUGGUCCUAACGUUGAUAAUGUUGGCUCUGGCCAUUACACUGGCCGUGGGUAUUUCAUUGGUAGCGCCAAUCAAAAUAUAUCCUGCCCUGGCUCAUAAUGUCCACCGUAACGGUUGUUGUCAUCAUCAUUUAUUUGAUCAUUUAUGGAAACAUUUUUCUUACCAUUAUGGGAGGACUAGUGUUAUUUCUGGUUAUUCUGUCUUGGUAUCCCUCACUCAAGCUGUACCAACGAUUUCGUACAGAGCAAGACAUUGAAAUGCAACAGUAUCCAGCUGAGGAAUCUAGACCGUUAUACCAUCUACCACCCUCCGCUUCACUGCCCCUCUACAGUGAAGUAGUGCGUGAUCCCCUACAAAUGAACACCAUGGAACCACCCUCGUACGAUGAAGUGAUAACCAUGAAGAUGAAACCCAUCGAUUCACUGGACAUUUGAUACCGAACCGGUUUUGGGAGAAUGCAAUCAAUUGAAAUUUUGUUGUUGCUAAAAUUUCAUCUAAUUUCUAAAAUAGCCAGCGCUGCGGUCACAAAUCGUGUUUUACUGCUGCCCAAGGCCACUUGAAUUAACGCCUUAUUAAGAGUUCAUUAGACCCCUGUCACCCAAACACCAACAGCAACGACAUCGCUAUCACCGUAAAACAUUGUCUUGUUAGGUGGUAAAGGGUGUUGUGUUAUUUCGUUUGAUAAAUAUUUCAUUUAUUAAUUUGGAACAGAAAAAAGUGUAGAUCGAUGAUGUUAUUUUAUGUCAUUAUCAUUGACAUUUGUAAAUAUAUUUUUGGAUUGAAUUAUAAACAAAACUUUGAAAUAAU